AUGGAUGAUAAGGUGCAGUUCAAGUCUAAGAAUAUUAGAUUUGAAGAUACUUGGAGGUCAUAUCCAGCAUCCAAGAGUAUUGUUUUUCAUUAUUGGAACAAGAAGGACUUGGGAGAUGAAUCUGUGAUCCUUCAAAAGAAGCUUAGUCGCACUCUUAAAGCUUUAUGUUUUUGGAAUAAGAACAAAUGCAGGGAAUUAAAUUCAUUGAAGGAGAAGUUGAAAAAAGAAAUACUUGAACUUCAAAACAAGGAAGCAUUGGGAAUAAAUUGGUCGGUUGAUGAUUUGGAGGCUCUAAGAAGUAAAAUACAUGAACUUAAUGUCACAUUGAAGAGGCUCUCUACUUGGUGGAAUCAAAGGGCUAAGGUUAGGUGGCAUGAAGAAGGUGAUACAAAUUCCAAUUUGUUCCAUAGUUAUGCCACGGCUAGAAGAAAAGGGAAUAGAAUAACUCAAAUCAAAGAUGAGCUAAGCAAUGUAUUUGAUGAAGAUGAACAAAUUGAAAGGGUUUUUACCAGUUUUUUUGGAAAAAAAUGGAAAAACAGGGAUUGCAAAGUCUCGGAUUGGCCUGCAGUUUUCGAAUCACAGAAAAUUUCUGAUGAAGAUGUGAUGAUUCUUAAUGCAGAAUUUUUUGUUUUGGAGUUACAAAACUCUGUUUUUUAG